AGGUAACCCUGCCUUUGCAUGUCAAAAGUGGAAGACAAAAUUCACUGAAAAUCUCUCUCAUUCGCUAGCUAGUCGUUUGAAAACGAAAUUUUUUUAAAAUUCUAUUUUUCAGACACAUAGCUCAGAAUGGCUCAAUUAAGUACCAAGGUCACGGCUCUGGCCAAUAAACUUGUGGCUCAGGCACGCCCCCAUUUGGAUGAGUUCUGGAAAUAUGCCAAAGUCGAAUUGGCUCCUCCAUUGCCAGCCGAUCUGAAGAUGCUGCAGAAGAGUGCCGAAGAGACGGCAAAGAAGGCCAAAAAGGAUAUGAAAUCAUCGCGUAAACGUUUCAGCCAAAUAACCGUGCGCGAAGCCUGGCUAAACACUCUGGUCACCAUUGAAGUGAUCACCUGGUUCUUCAUGGGCGAAGUGAUUGGACGUCGUCACUUGGUGGGCUACAAGGUAUAAGAGCUUCGACAAUUUCAAUUUUAAAUCGAAUAACAAUUGUGAAUUAUUUUGCAUACGCACAGAAUGAGUGUACUUAAAUGAAUAUAUUUUAAUUGUCCAAAGA